UCUUAUUGGUUGCUCCACGCCACACCACGCCCAGACCAUUUUCUCUCCCCUCUCCUACAUAAUUACACCCCCCCAAACAUACGACAACACCCAAAUCUCUCUCUUCACCCUCAAAUUUUCAUCUCAAUUCCCCAAUUUGUCGUCCCAAACAGGUUUGCCGUAUUGGAAAGAUCCUUUUUUAGGAGGAUUAGAUCAUGGCAGUUAACGAGGUUGAAGCUAAAGGCCUCAAUCCAGGCCUCAUAGUUUUGUUGGUUAUUGGAGGACUUCUAUUAACCUUCCUAGUUGGGAAUUUCAUACUUUACACCUAUGCUCAGAAGAACUUACCACCAAAGAAGAAGAAGCCUAUUUCAAAGAAGAAGAUGAAGAGGGAGAGGCUCAAGCAAGGUGUUGCACCUCCUGGAGAAUAGAUAUCUAUUGGUCCUCAGUAAAUCUACCUUUGGUUCUGUCCGCAAUACUGAAUUGCUGCUUCGGUCAUGUAACUCUAGAUUGUGUUUUGAUCAUUUUGUAGUUAAUCACAGGUUAAAUUUGCGUAUGAGUCAGUAGUAAGUAUGAGGAUUAUGGCAAACUCAAAUUGCUUCAAUAAGCAGGGUCUUUUUGUACUUGGUUUCAAUUUCACCCAAAGCGGGCUUAUCACUCAUAUUUACACUUCCAUGUGGUAGGCUGAUGGGCACUUAUUUGCGGGUGUAAAGAUGUGGGGAGUGUUUCUUAUUGGGUUAUUUUGUUGGUAACUUUGUGCUUGGCUAUCUUAGUACUUGGUAUUCACCCGAAGCAACAUUUGUGUUAUAAUCCGUUUAUCUGAUGGAAAUAUUGUGUUUUAUGUCAUUCA